AUGGAUUUAGAGGACAUGUCAGACUCCGAGCAAGAGAGGUUUUGGGAGGAGACCAUGGAUGCAGUUGAACAAGAGCUCACACAAGGCCAUCCACAUUCUGAAGCUGAUGAAGAGGCCAAUCUCAACAUAUCCGCUUCAACAAGUCAGUCUGCUGGAAGGAGAGCUCCUAGGACCAUCCUUGGGAGGAGAACAACCAGAUCUAGCAAAGGUCCUACAUCAACUCCUAAAACUCCCUCCAAUACUGCUGCUGCCGCUGCUGCUUCUUUUAGUAGGGAAGGAAUUAGGGUAAAGAUGCCUAUUAUGAGGCCCCCAUCAGCUCCAAGUCCAGCAGCCACUCCAAGGCCCACAGCUCCAAGUCCAGCAGCCACUACAAGGCCCACAGCUCCAAGUCCAACAGCCACUCCAAGGCCCAACCCACCAUUUAGGCCCCCACAAAUACGGCCCGUUGGACCUACUUCAACUGUUGUCCCUGGUUUAGGAGUUGCAAACACCACAAGGACUCCCGUGGUGUCAAAUGAAACCAUGAAUGGAGCUAGUAAAGCAACAACUUCUAGGUUCUCUAAGUUCAUGCCAAAUCAGUCUGGUUGA